UUCCUUAUUGUUCUGUGAAUAUUGACUCAUAGUAUAUGUUAGGAUACAACAGAUCUGGCAUCCUUCACGACAAAGCAAAGUGACUGUCCUCUGACUGUCCCAUCAGGUGAAUGUCCUCUGUGUGUCCCAUCAGGUGACUGACCCAUCAGGUGACUGACCCAUCAGGUGACUGUCCUCGGAGUUCACCCCCACCCCCUUCCAGGAUGAAUGGCUACGCCCCCCCUUCCUUCCCCCAGGGAGGGUUCACCUCCUACACCUCACAACUCAAUGGUCAUGGUUCCCAGUCCCCAGAGCCUCCAGAUUGCAACGCCAGGUCCAACACCAAGUCCAGCGCUAAAGCCCUUUACGGAACGGAUGGAAUAUACUUCCUCCACACGUCUGCCAAACACAAAAAGAAAGAACAACGGAAGAACUACACAAAAACAGCAUCAACAGCAUGACCAACACUUCACAGUACCAUGUGGAGCACCUGACCACGUUUGUUCUGGACAGGAAGGAAGCCAUGAUCACCAUUGAGGAUGGAAUCAGGAAGCUCCGCCUGCUGGAUGCCAAGGGAAAGGUAUGGACCCAGGACAUGCUGCUACAAGUGGAGGAGAAGACAGUCAGCCUCAUCGACCCAGAGACCAAGAAUGAGUUGGAGAACUUCCCCAUGGGGACCAUCAUGCACUGCCAGGCAGUGAUGUCAUCCUGCAGCUACGACUCCAUCUUGGCUCUGGUGUGUAAGGAGCCGGGCCAGGGCAAACCAGACCUGCACCUGUUCCAGUGUGACAACAUCAAGGCCAACCUGAUCCAGGCUGAUAUAGAGAGUGCCAUGAUCGAUCACAAGGGAGGCAAGGUGAAGAAGAGACCAGAAACACUACG